AUGGACACUAACGGACUUGACGUUCAUCCUAAUUCGAAAGUCACGCUUCCUUCCUUUGGCGAUCUCAUAAAGUCGAUCAGUUGUCAGACUGAGUACUACUGUACCCUUUGCCACGGUCCUCUGAUCCAUGCUCAAAUGGUAACUCAUAUCAUAAAUGCCUCAACCGUGUCUCCUGGACCUGGUGAUCCCUCUCUCACUGAUGAGGACUACGCUGUUACCAGUCAUCACUUCCCUGCUGGAUCUCAUGGACCUCACCAGAACGCUGCCCUGAGAUCGACAACUUCUCAUCUUGACACCCCAGCUCAGGGACAGAAUGACCGACCCACUGUCUAUGGCAAGAAGCGCUCCCCCAAGACCAUGGGAGUUCAAUUCACCGACGUGGCAGCCCACACUGCCAAAUGCGACAUUUGCGACAAACGCAACCGUGAUGGCAUGUCCCGCUGCUUGACCUGUGGUUGGCAAUGCUGUCGCCUGUGUCAGGUCGACAAGAAGGGUGACCGAUCCCACAACUCCUUCAGCCACAGACAUGAGGAAGAACUGCCUGUAUCUUCCAAAAGCCAGGUGCAGCUUAGUGGCUCUGGUCUGUCUGUUGAGGACUUCGAACGUCGCAAUCCGCCUCGUCGUGCUCGUCCCUCAAAUUUCAAGGAUAAUGAGUGA